UUCUCGCCGGUUUAUCACUACUUGACAUCGUAGAAUUAAUGCUUAAGUUAUAAUGUCUAUUUUCAGUGGUUUUCCUGAGUUGCCUAAUCCGGAGGAAACGGCAUUUUGUAAAAUAAAUGAAGUGUAUUGUUGCGGUAAUGUUCGUUAUGGAAAUAUUUCAACAUUUACGAAUUCGACGAAGAACCACCCAAAAAUUAACGUUACAAAGGACUUACACCAUCAUAGAUUAUCUGACGAAAAUAUAUCAAUGUACGUGGACGUUGAGGACAAUUUAUUAAAAAAAAUAACAAGUGUUUGGUAUAAACAAGGAUUUGUUGAAGCACUGAGUGUAGCUGCUGAUCCAAAUGUGAAUAGAGAUAGCAGAACUCUGGCUAUUACAGCGUCAUAUGCAUUAAAACUAGCAAACUUGUUUACUGCCUUAAGGUACUUUAUGCAACCACAUUUAAAAGAUAUAGGACCAAAGAUUGUAUCUAAAUACUCAAGGACAAGAAAUUGGGGGAGUGCUCCUGUAAAAUGCAUAGCAUGGCAUCCACAUACAACAAAAAUUGCAUUAGCAACAGCCGAUGACAAUGUAAGAGUGUACUGUUCAGAAGUUUCCUUUGUCUCAACUUUAAAAUGCAAGGCUCAAGGUCACGUCUCGUCAUUGAGUUGGAGACCACACUCUGCAUCAGAAAUAGCUGUUGGUUGUGAACAAGGUGUUAUAGUUUGGACAGUGGACCCUAAUUCUAUGUUCACUAAACCAUCUUCCAGCAAUGCUGUUUUGUUAAAACGAUCUGGUCACAGUCCAGUAACAGACGUAAGUUGGUCUCCAAAUGGUGAUCUCUUAAUAAGUUGCUGUGGAGCGGACACGUCAAUGCUGGUCUGGGACGUUGCCAUGGAAACAGCAAUACCAUUACGCCGAGUUGCAGGGGGUGGCAUAGUAUUUGCCAGGUGGUCACUUACAGCUAGUAAAAUAUUUGCAGCUACUUCAUCUAUUAUAUUCAGAGUAUGGGAUACUCAAAGCUGGACACCAGAGCGGUGGUGCGCUCGCGGCUGUCGUGUGGUAGCAGCAUGCUGGGGACCAAAAGAUGUAGUGUUGUUCGCUGCCAAAGGAGAGCCUAUUGUGUAUGCACUUAAUAACACUGGUCUAAUGAAUGGAGCUAAAACAAGUAAAGCCCAGCCAGUCCUAGAUGUCACAAAGGUAGAACUACCGUCUGGAGAUUUAGUUGGUGGACCCAUUCUUGAUAUGUGCUGGGACCCAUCUGGUCGCUACCUGGCUGUGCUAUUUGAAGAGUCACACAUAAUAGCUGUGUUUAGUACAACACAGCUCAUGAUGCAACUUAGUGUCACACCUUGUUGCUUCAUCAGCGGCAUCGACAAUGAAGUACCAUCAACUUUGGCAUUCCAACAAAACUUCACCGAUGGUGCCUGUUUAACCAUCGCCUGGUCCAGUGGUAGAAUACAACACUUCCCUAUCAUUUAUACAGACGGUUAUUAAGUUUUUAUAAAACCAAACAGAUUCAUUAUUAAGAAAAAUAUAAAUCACAGAUUAAAAAAGCAAAUAGAAAAUGACAGAGCGUAAUUGAGUUAAAAAAAAAUUAUACUACAAUUGAAUAUUUUUUGUA